AUGAAAGAGGACGAUGAGGACGGUGGAAUAUCAGUGGAAUUUGAUCAAUGUAGACAAGAAGUAAAUUUUUACACGUCUUGUCUAGAAGAUCGAGGAGAUGAUUGUGGAGACAUAUCGAGAUCGGAUUCGGCAGUUUGUCUCAACUCUGCACGAGAUCCAUUUCCAGCUGUUUUACAAAAAUUCAAUUCCUCUCGGCGGAAUCACCAACUACGAACUUUUCCCGAAAUAAAUGUGAAAAUGUGUCAAGUGUUGAGAAAAGAAAUGGAAAAACAAAGGAACGGAACGGACAGCUACUUACUCACACAACAGAGAUUAUCAAUUCACCUGAUUGAUUUUGUGGAUCUACCCCUCAAGAAAAAUACGGAACGUCGAAUUUGGACUGAUCGGGUGACUGUUCCUCUGUACACAAUGACAGAAAGUGGACUCGAUGUGAAUUCUGACUAUUUCUUUCCUAUGGAAUCUCCUUAUGCUGCUAUUCAAAAAUCAUAUCUGCGAUCUCUAGCUGACAAUCUCACCCGAAGUCACCGAAAACUUAUUGAAAUUUGCGAUUUUGUGGAGAGAUGUGGAGAACACAGUCAACUUAUGCUGCCUACUCUUAUCGCUGUUCUAUGUGAUUGGGUUAAUGGAUUUCUUCGAGAUCAUACGCACAAGUUAGAUGAAUUGAGAACGGAACGACUUGCCGAUCCACUUCUAACUCUCGCCCGACUGAAUCCGAUUAUUGAAGAUGUAGAAAUUGUGAGAUCGAUGAUUGGUGACGACGCAACAAGACAUGUAUGGUUAUGGGAAGAUAUUGAGGCAUCGUGGAAUCGAGUUUUCUUGUUAACUCAACAUGAAGCUAUUGGGAAAAAAAGAAAAGUUGUGGAGAAGUUACAACAAAAAUGGAUUGGAUCUCUACUCUCAACAAUGGACCAUAUCUUCGAAAUUGGAAGAGUUCCUGCGGGAAUUGUGCAUUUUGUUCUACAUAAGUAA